GCCACUGAUGGCCACAGGUCCACCAUCAAUCGCGGGCAGAGAUCAGCAGCGUAGAAUCAGCACAACACACACAGCGCAGCACACACACACACACACGCACACUCUCUUUCGCAGCAACGCAGCCUCCGAUCAGCCCGGGCGCAGGAAGGAAGAGAGCGGGGAGGCUUGGCUUCCCAGGCUGCCGUCAGCGCAGCACACCAGACUGGGCCCCCGCCUACCUUGGGCGGAUACCCGAGUCGAGGUGAGAAAAUACUAUAAGACCCGACCACAGAUGCGCUCCUCAGCCACUCUCCCCUCUUCACACACCACUACCACUCCCACCUCUCUCAACACUACUUGCUUCGGCACCACCAAACCCCACCCCCACCAACAACUUAUACAACAAUGACUGGACGAGGAAAAGGCGGCAAGGGUCUCGGCAAGGGUGGAGCUAAGCGCCACAGGAAGAUCCUUCGUGACAACAUCCAGGGUAUCACCAAGCCCGCUAUCCGCCGUCUCGCACGACGAGGUGGUGUCAAGCGUAUCUCUGGUCUGAUCUACGACGAGACCCGUGGUGUCCUCAAGCUCUUCCUUGAGUCGGUCAUCCGCGACUCGGUCACCUACACUGAGCACGCCAAGAGGAAGACUGUCACCUCCCUCGACGUCGUCUACGCUCUCAAGAGGCAGGGACGAACCCUUUACGGUUUCGGCGCCUAAACGGCUCCCGACUCCUAUCUGGGCCUUUCUCACUCUCCUCCUUCGCUUUUUUACCAUGCCUCACCGCACCACAUACUUUCCUAUCCUUGUAUUUUAGUUGAUACGGCCAUUCCACCUCGUCGCCAAUCUACACUGCUCGAUUGCUGCGCCCAUACCCAUACGUUACUGUUUGAGUCCGAUCGUCUGAUAGGCGUGAUCGAGAGGGGAGCACAUUGUACAAGCCCGCGUGCCUC